AAGAAAAGAAAGAAAGAAAGAAAGAAGCAACACCAAAUAAUUCCUCAUCACUGCUUCGACCGAACCAAGACGGCGUGUUGUGCCCUGCCCGCCCUGCCUCUCUCGGAGACCAACGAAACGCCCAUUUCAUUGCAUCGCUCUGUUUCUUUCUUUCUCUUUCUUUCUCUCUCUCUUCGUGAAGCACGAAACUAAAUUAUAACCCAAUCCCCUCUCAACGAAACAAAACCCCACUUCGAUCGAUCUGUUUUCUCCCUUCUCUGAAUAAUUUUCCCCUUUUGAUUUAUUGCCAUUUGCCCCAAUCGGAUUCAAUUCGAAGCAGAAGGGAAAAUCCGGCAAUCGAUGGAUCUCGGGUUCGAUGUGAUUGUAGGACGGUUCUGGAGGUUGGGCCCGUGAUGGGAUUGAAAUCCGUUGGAUUGGAGGGUAGCAAGCACUUGCGCAGUGGAUAGAGGGUAAUGAGAAGAAGGGAAGGGAUACAAUGGAAGUGAAAUUGGGGAAACUGAAUCUUUCUCUGACUUGAAUUUGGGUCCUCUAUUUCUCUUUUUCUAUAAACUUUCUGUGUGGGUCAUGGAUGGGGUCGCACGUGCGGACAAGGCUCCGUCCACGGACUUGGCCUCGGAGUGGCGUCCCCGCGGCUCUGCGUUCGUCCCUUGUGUGCCAAAGGCUGGAGAAGAAGCUGCUGCUGCUGCUGAGAAGCCGCAACCGUCUCGCGUGGUUGUGAGGAAGCCCUUGGUGGCUAGGUUGACCAAGGAAAUAGUUCAAACAUACCAAAUAUGCAAUCCACAGUUUAAAUAUUCUGAAGAUCUUAAUCCAAAAAGAUUUUUGACCAGCCCGUCAGUGGGAGUGCUUAAUGAUGGCUAUGAUAAUGUUAACUCAGAUCUUAUUUUGACAGUGAAUUUUGUCUUGAACCAUUUAGACAAAAGUAAAAGAUAUAUUGUCAAAGAUCUCCUUGGCCAUGGAACAUUUGGACAAGUGGCUAAAUGCUGGGAUUCAGAUAGCAACAGUUUUGUUGCCGUGAAGAUCAUUAAAAACCAACCUGCAUACUAUCAACAAGCACUGGUUGAAGUAACUAUCUUAUCAACGUUAAAUAAGAAGUAUGAUCCUGAGGAUAAGCAUCACAUUGUUCGUAUAUAUGAUUAUUUUGUACAUCAACGACAUUUGUGCAUUUGCUUCGAAUUGUUGGACACGAACUUGUAUGAGCUUAUCAAGAUGAAUCAUUUUAGGGGAUUAUCCCUUGGUAUUGUUCAGCUAUUCUCUAAGCAGAUUUUAUGUGGACUUGCUCUGCUAAAAGAGGCUGGAGUUAUUCAUUGUGAUCUGAAGCCAGAAAACAUUCUUUUAUGUACGAGCACUGUGAAGCCAGCAGAAAUAAAAAUUAUUGACUUUGGAUCAGCAUGCAUGGAAAACCGCACUGUUUACUCUUAUAUUCAGAGUCGAUACUAUAGAUCUCCUGAGGUUCUUCUUGGAUAUCAAUACACAACAGCUAUUGAUAUGUGGUCCUUUGGAUGCAUAGUGGCGGAAUUAUUUCUUGGAUUACCAUUAUUCCCUGGAGCUUCAGAAUUUGAUCUUUUGAAACGAAUGAUUGAAAUACUUGGAGGACAACCACCCGAUUAUGUACUUAGGGAUGCCAAAAACUCAAGUAAAUUCUUCAAGUGUGUUGGGAGUCUCCAGAACAUAGAGAGCAGUGACAGUUCCAAAAAUGGAAGAAGUCUUUAUCAAGCAUUGACAGUGGAAGAAUAUGAAACUAGAGAAUUGAAGAAGCCAGCAAUUGGAAAAGAGUAUUUUAAUCAUAUGAAUCUAGAGGCAAUUGUUACAAACUAUCCCUACCGAAAAAAUCUAGCUAAAGAAGAUAUUGUCAAAGAAAGUCAAAUACGACUGGCUCUUAUUGAUUUUUUGAAAGGGCUUGUUGAAUUGGAUCCUUCAAAGCGCUGGUCACCUGUUCAGGCUUCAAAACACCCUUUUGUAACUGGAGAACCUUUUACACAUCCUUACAAGCCUCCCCCUGAGACUCCUCAAAUGCCAGUAGUUCAGAAUAUCAAGGUGGAUAAUCAUCCAGGAGGAGGACACUGGUUUGCUGCUGGUCUAUCACCCAAUGUUCAGGGCAAAAGCAGAGCUUCCCUCUAUAGUAGUCCACACUUUCAAAUGGUUCAACAUCAGCCCACUAAUAGUUAUGGGAGUGUAGGAAGCCAUGGGAGCUAUAAUGAUAGUAUUGGGCUUGGAAGCAGCUACGGAAGUUAUGGAGAAAGCACUAACAUGUUUGCUUACUAUUCACCUAUUGGUCCAUCUGGUAUGAACAUGCACAAUCAGGGAAGUAUAUCAAUGCUUGGGAAUAGUCCUGAUGCUAGGAGAAGAGUUAAAUACCAACCUGGGAAUGGGUUGGGCAUAAGUCCAUCAGCUGGAAAUUUUGCUCCCCUGCCCCUUGGUGCCAGCCCAUCUCAAUUUACUCCACCUAGUUCCUACAGUCAGGUUUCAGUUGUUUCUCCAGGACACUUUGGACCAACAUCUCCUGCAAGAGGAACAUCUCACGGAUCACCUUUAGGCAAGACAGCUGCAGUUAGCCAGUUUAAUAGAAGAAAAAAUUGGGGACAUUCUGGAAGUCCUCAAGCUCAGGAAACAGCAUUUUCUUCACAUUGGCAAAGUCAAUAUCCUGACAGCACAAGCCAUACUGAGGGAACAUCACAACCUCUUGGCAAUUCGCCAUCAUAUCUACAGUCAAAUUGUAUUCCUGUAAACCGGAAACAGCGAGGAAGUGGAGGAUUAUCUGCUAACCAGAACAUUUCGUGUUUGAUUAAGCCCGGUGCUAAUUUGAACUCACAAACAGAAUUGGUUCAUGACAAUGCCGAGACAGGCAUUUCAUUGCCGGAUCCUGGCGAUUGGGACCCUAAUUACAGUGAUGAAUUACUUCUUCAAGAGGAUGGUUCAGAUGAAAGCUGUUUGGCAAAUGAGUUUGGCAGAAGUAUGAAUCUUGGAUCUACUGAAACAUGGGCUGGAUUUGGAAGGUUUAACCAUGUGUCCAGCUCUAACACUCCAAUAAUCAUGCAAAGAUUAAAUGGACCAAAUCAAUCUUUUACUAACGUGGAGAUGGGUAGCCUUCCAACGCAUGAUCUUCAAGCAGCAUAUGUGCCCUCUCUGUCUAAGCAGUUUCAUCUCAUGCCUCAUAUUUUACAUAAUUCUCCAAGCCGUUUUGGACACCAAUCUGUUCAAAGAUAUACACAUGGUAGACCCCCCCAGGGUGCUGAUUGGAAUCAAAUUAAAAUUCAGGCUCCUUCCGGUUUCGGCAGUGUGGGUCCUCGUUCUCCGAGGAGUAACUCAUUCACCAACAGUAUGACAUGGGGGCGCAGAAUGGAUCCUCCAGUAUCAAGCAUGCCUCCGACUUCCCGCACAAGAAAAGAUUAUGCAAGGAUAGACUAGCAGUCCUUAUUAUUGGUUCAGCUUGUUUUUAAUUUUUUUAUCUGGGGAGAGGGAGGUGGGGGGUCGUGGGUCAUGACAAGGGUAGUCUGUGUAGAAGCACGGGAAGAAAAGGGGAGGGGAGUGAAGGGGCUAAAGUGAGAAAAAAAGAAAAGAAAAAUAGGCCAGUACCCAAUGGUUCGUUGGCAAACCCUUCUAUGUUUGAUCAGUUAUUGUGCUUGCGCUUAAAAUUAAUUUGUGUUAUAGUUUGCAUGCCAUUGAUCAUUUAUUGGGGUAUUAGUAUUCGGUAAUUCAAAGGUACUAUAUAUGCGCUGAUUUACCUUCUGGAAAGGUUGUGCUUGAUGAAAUUUGAGUUCGUAGCGUGUGAAAAAAGUUAAUAUUUAGUCUCU